UAUUUAUCACCCAUCAAAUUCGCCCGCUUUCUCAAAAAAAAUAAAAAAUCGCCCGCUUCAGUUCUCGUCGCUCAAGCUGCACUGGUGCACGUGCUCGGCGCCGCGCCACCAUGGGCUUCAGCUUCCUCCCCGUGAUGGAGUACCUCUCGCGCCGCGCCUUCCACGCCGCCGGCCUCUGCCCCCACACCGUCACCCUCCCCCGCGACCCCGGCGAGGGCAGCGGGGCUACAACGAUCCACUACUGGGCGCCGCCUGGGGAGCCGCGCCUCCCGCCGCUCCUCCUCAUCCACGGCUUCGGCCCCAUGGCGACCUGGCAGUGGCGCCUCCAGGUGGGCCCCUUCUCCCGCCGCUUCCACGUCGUCGUCCCGGACCUGCUCUGCUUCGGCGGCUCCUCCCCCUGCCCCUCCUCGCCGCCGCCCUCCGAGUCGGCGCAGGCCGCCGCGCUCGCCGCGCUGCUCGACGCGCUCCCGGGCCUCCCGGCGACGGCGCGCGUCGCCGUGGUCGGCACGAGCUACGGCGGGUUCGUGGCCUACUCCCUGGCGCGCGCGGCCGGGCCCGCGAGGGUCGGCCCCGUGGUGAUAUCCAACUCCGACCUGCUCAUGACGGCGGAGGACGACAGGGCGUUCCUCGAGCGCGCCGGCGGCGAGUGGGCGAGCGCGGCGGACUUGCUCAUGCCGCUCGACGCGCGGACAGCGCGGCGGCUCAUGGAGCUCUCGUUCUACCGGAAGCAGGUCACCUCCAUGCUGCCGGACUUCCUGAUCAGAGAGGGCGUGCAGAACCUUUUCAGUGAUAAGAGGGAGGAGAAGAUCGAGCUCAUGAAGGCCAUAACUGUAGGGACGGAUGGGUUCCAACUUACGCCCUUGGAGCAGGAUGUUUUGCUCGUCUGGGGAGACCAUGACCAGAUAUUCCCUUUGGACAAGGCAUUUGCUGUCAAGAGGUGCUUAGGAGAGAAUGUGAGGGUGGAAGUCUUCAAGGAAACUGCACAUGUGCCUCAGAUGGAGGACCCGAAUCGGUUCAACGAGGUCAUCUUGGACUUCUUGCUUGCCUCUCAGAAGUCCUCAAACCAGUAUGAUCAGUAGCUCAAAUGGUUAGCGCAGUCCUGAAUCCAGAGUACCACAGAGCAUUCCUGACCUUGAAUGUCCCCAUACAAAGUUUGCAGAAAUUUCGCCAUACAUAUGACAAUGCUCAAAGUUCCUGACCUUGGGCAGGAGCACUUUUGCUCACCGGUGGAGCGAUUCCGCCAGGGAAACUUCCCUCGGGAAGGGGGAAAUCGAAGCCAUUGUCAUCCUCUCAUCGUGGGAGAACCAAUCUUCAUCAACAUCUUCACCAGCACCAUCUCAUCUCAAACCCUAGUUCAUCUUUUGUAUUCAAUCUUUGUCUCAAAACCUCAUAUUGGUAUCUGUGGGUUGGUAGUAGUGUUGAUUAAAUCUU